GUGUGUGUGUGUGUGUGUGUGUGUGUGUGUGUGUGUGUGUGUGUGUGUGUCCGCUCCGUCCCGCUCCGGUGUCGGACUCUUUUCCUCCGGACUCCGCUCAAGGACCAUGUUCCCCUCCAGCAGCAGGACUCUGUCUGCUCCUCUUCAGGGUUACUACCUGACAUGAAGGACUGAAGUUUGAGGACGUAUCUCCCCCUGCUGGACUCCUGCUGCAGCUGCAGGCCAUGGCUGAGCCCAGCUACUCCGACCUGAUCGCCAAACACUACAACUACACCGGCAAGUUCCGCAAGACGGAGCAGGACUCGGGUCUGAAGGCCGACUCGGUGGUCUUCAUCAUUGUGUGCUGCUUCAUCAUCCUGGAGAACAUCCUGGUCCUGACCACCAUCUGGAGGACCAAGAAGUUCCACAAGCCCAUGUACUACUUCAUCGGGAACCUGGCGCUGUCCGACCUGCUGGCCGGCGUCGUCUACACCGCCAACAUCCUGCUGUCGGGCGCCAACACCUACAAGCUGACGCCCACGCAGUGGUUCUUCAGGGAGGGCAGCAUGUUCGUGGCGCUGGCAGCAUCUGUCUUCAGCCUGCUGGCCAUCGCUAUUGAGCGCCACCUCACCAUGCUGAAGAUGAAACUGCACAACAACGGUAACACCUGCCGCGUCUUUCUGCUCAUCAGCACCGUGUGGAUGAUCGCGGCGGUGCUGGGCGGCCUGCCGGUGAUGGGCUGGAACUGCAUCCAGAGCAUGAUGCAGUGCUCCACUGUGUUGCCCCUCUACCACAAGACCUACAUCCUGUUCUGCACCACCGUCUUCAGCAUCAUCCUCAUGGCCAUCGUGGUGCUCUACGCUCGGAUCUACGCUCUGGUGCGCACUCGCAGCCGCAAACUUGUUUUCCGCAAGGUGUCCAACGGACGUGGUAAUGCCGGCGCCAACAGCAAGAGCUCAGAGAAGUCUCUGGCGCUGCUGAAGACCGUCAUCAUCGUCCUGAGCUGCUUCAUUGCCUGCUGGGCACCGCUCUUCAUCCUGCUGUUGCUGGACGUGGCCUGCGAGACGCUGAGCUGCCCCAUCCUCUACAAGGCCGAGUGGUUCCUGGCACUCGCCGUCCUCAACUCUGCCAUGAACCCUCUCAUCUACACGCUGACCAGCAAUGAGAUGCGCCGUGCAUUCCUCAAGACGCUGCUCUGCUGCACCGCCUGCCUCCGGCCCAACGCAAAGUUCACCGGGCCCAUCGUGGGCGCUGAGUUCAGCCGCAGCAAGUCGGACAACUCCUCCCACCCCAACAAGGAGGAGGUGGAGUACUCGCCAAGGGAGACAACGGUGGCGUCCUCGGGGAACGUCACCUCGUCGUCCUAAAUGUUGCUCAACCGUUAACCAGUCGGAGGGAGAAGGAUGUACGGGGUGAGAUGGAGAGUUUGUUCUCAAACAGGUGUGAACAGCGCCAGGUGGCGUCAUCACGAACCGACCUGAACCGUCAGCGGAUCAGGACUCACAGCACUUGUGGAGAUUUUGAAAUUGGUUAAACUGGGACCAGUGGACCCUCAGAAAAGAGGAGGUGACACCUGUCACCUGUCAUCACACACAGAAACACACCUGAGGAUCAGCUGGUUUACAGAUACACUUCAGGUUCAGGUCUAUCUGGACUCACUAGGCUAACGUGGAUCAUGGUGGUCCAGGUUCAUCCAGGACCUGAUGCUUCAUAGAACGUUACUGAUCCUGGUAGAAGAAGAAUCAGACUUUGUACUGACCCUCUAAGAACAACUAGAACCUGUAGCUUAAACACCGCUGUCAAAUAUUUAAGAUGCAAAUUAAUUCAUGAAGUUUUUGUUUUGUUUCCUUCACUUCCUGUAAAAAAUCUUCACCUGUGGAAAUGUCAUGUGACUCAGAGCUCAGGUGCUUUUCAGUAACUGUUUGAUCUUCACAUCUUCACUCUUCUGAACAUCUGCAUCAGCUCCAACAUCUGGAUUAGACCAGUGUGAUGGGACCACCUUGUCUCUCUGGUGUAUUUAGAGAAAUCACAUGACUGAUUUAAUCUUUAUUGAUUCAAACUACUGCUACAAACAAAACCAAAUACUUUCUUCACUUUUCAUUCAUUCAUAAUGUUUAAGUGUUCACUGAAGUUCACCAGCUACCUGGACAGUCCUCCUCACGCUGUGUUCAAGACCACAGGAAACUCAGAAACUUCUGAGGAGGUUCUGAAAAACGCGCAUCACAUGAUCGACUCAGAAAAAAACAUGGCUGCCACAGUAACAUCUUCACACUUUGUCUUUACAAGGAACAUGAACAAGUUACUGCAGCUGCUUGUCUUGGUUCAGCAAGACAGGAAGUGUCUAAAGCAGUGGUUCCCAAUCUGUGAUCCAGGGCCCACUGGUGGGCCACAAAGGUAUUGCAAGUUGGCGGAAAAAAUCAUUUGCAGAACAGAGCAAUUUUGGUGAAAAGAUGUAAAUAAAACAAAUAUAUGUAUAAUUAAUGUUUUUAAAUGUUUUAAAACAAAAUGAUCUUUCAGAAACAUUUGCAUGAUUUGACUCCAUAUUGUUACGGAGCGGAUGUGGGCCCUGACUUUGAAAAGGUUGGGAACCAGUGAACGUACUUCUGUUUGUAGCCUUGUGUCGUCACUAAUAUAUAAAGAAUGUAACUGUAUCACAUACAAUAGUGAAUGAAAUGUUAUUGAUUAGUGAUUAGAGUUUGUAAUGUUACUCUUUCCAUCAGUGGUUGUUAUGAUGUCAGGUUUCUGACCUGUUCAUGUGUUCUGAUCAUUUUUUCUGAUUUAAUCUGUAAUUUCUGACUUUCAGACGUGUCAGGAAAACGCAGCAUCAGCUACAAACCUGAACAGGUGCAAGAGCUGUGAGGUCACAUGACCACAGAGGAAGCAUCAGUCAACACACAGUAAUAACAACUAAACUUUUCACAUCUGACAGGAAACUGUUGCUGAUGAUGUCAGACCUGAUACUGAUAAAACUGAUAAUCAAUCAAUCAAUAAUCUGAUGAGUGUGAGAAGCACCUGAACUCUGAACUCACCUGUUUUUGACGUCUUUGUAAAAAGUUUAACUGUGUUGUAGAAACUGUUGGUCAGAGUGUAUUUUCUACUUCCUGUCUGUUGUUGCCGUAGUGAUGUGUGUAGUCGACUUUGUUUAUAUCUGAAACAAGUUUGUCGUUUUCAGGUUUGUUCAGUCGUGUCUCAGAUCUACAGAAGCUCGUUUCUGCCAAAAAAUAAAUCAAAAAUUCUCAUUCAUAUUUCAGAAUUAUAACACCUUUCAAAUUAAAAGCCUCACUGAUUCUCAAAAAGUUUAUUUUCUGUCUCAUCUCUAAGUCCAUUCAAUACCUGUUCUGGAGAGUUCUACCAUAUCACAUGGACUUCAUCAGCACAUUUAAAGGUCAUGGAAGGACCUUUAAUAAAAGGAGGAGGAGUCUUUAAACAUCUGCAGUUUCAUGAUGACAGAGCAACCGAGGAAAAUCAUGUGGUACGAUUGAAAGCUCGAGAACAGCUGCUAAAUGGACCUUGUAGUGAGAUUGUUUGACUUAGCCAGUAAAAUACUACUGAGUGAUGAUAAUGAGUUCUGUCGCUGAAGGAACCUCGUCGUGCUCAGAAUCUCAUAGAGAAAUUUCAUGUUUUAAGAAUCCGAUCAUUUUUAUCGUCUCAAUUGAUUUUGGCAGGAAUGAGCUUCUGUACAGAUAAAACACUGUUACCAUGGAGACCACUCCCCUUAAAGUUUCAUCCUCUAUCAGGAGCUGAUCAAUUAAUCCAUUAAUGAUCUGUGUUUGUGAUCAGAGUGUGAGCUGUGUAUGUUAACUCCUGGAUGUUGGUUCGUUAGCACUUAAUAAAGACAGAGAUAGAAACACAGUUUGUGUCUGACAACAAUGACACUAAUAUUAAAGAUGAGAGUGAGGACAGGAAAUAUUUGAGUGUUUUAACAAGUUGAGUUCAGGAGCAGUUGGAAAGUUGAACUCCAGUAACAGCUGGAAAUGAAGAUGGAUGUGGCAGCUGAAAGUCAAAAUUCAUCUGCUGCACAAAGCAGUUCAGUUCUUGACUAUCUUAAGCCAGACUGUGCGAUAAUGAAUUCAGGGUAAAUUAAAAUAAAACUAGAAUCACCCUCAUCCUCCACUCAGACUAGUUUCAGGUCACAUCCUGUUUAUCCAGAGUCAUAUUAAAUAUAAAAUCUGAA